AUGGUAAUAUCUAUCUAUCGUAUUCUGUAUUCAUAUCUAUCUAUCUAUCGAUUGCAUUCUGUGUUCAUAUUUAUCUAUUUUAAUCUGAAUUCAUAUCUAUCUAUCUAUCUAUCUAUCUAUCUCAUUCAAUUAAUAUUUAACUCUCUCUUUCAAUCUAUCUAUCGCUGUGUUGUGAACAACGAAUAUCUAUCUAUUCAUCUAUCUAUCUAUCUAUCUAUCUAUCUAUCUAUCUAUCUAUACAAUAUAUAUAUACGAUACCAUAAUGCAAUCUAUCUAUCUAUCUAUCUAUCGAUCGAUCGAUCUGAGUCUCUGUUCAUUAUCUAUCUAUCUAUCUCGUUCUGUUCAUAUCUAAUCUAUCUGUCUGUUAAUUUUCUAUCUAUCUAUCUAUCUAUCUAUCUAUCUAUCUAUCUAUCUAUCUAUAUCGGAGAGCUCUUCCGAACAAUUGACAUCUAUCUAUCUAUCUAUCUAUCUAUCUAUCUAUCUAUCUAUCUAUCUAUCUAUCUAUCUAUCUAUCUAUCUCAGUCCCUUCAUUAUCUAUCUAUCUAUUCCAGUACCUUCAUUAUCUAUCUAUCUAUCUAUCUAUCUAUCUAUCUAUCUAUCUCUCUCUCUAUAUAUAUAUUAUAA